AUGGCCACGACCACCGCCACCACAACAGCGCCGCCCGCAUCAGCGAGCGGCGACGCAGCCUUCCCCUGCUCAAUAGCCCUGCGCGUGCCCCUCCCCUCGGCGCGCCUCGCCUCCACCGCCCUCCGCGCCCUCGAGGUCGACCCGGAGCUCUCCCCGCUCGUCCGCCGCCAGCUCUCCGUCGAGGCUGCUGCUCCUCCUGCUGCCGCCGCCGACGCCGACGCCGACGCCGCCCUCAAGGUCCUGCACGUCGACUACCAGGCCACCACGAACCGCAUGCUCCGCGUCGCCGUCAACUCCUUCCUCGACAGCCUCAAGCUCGUGCUCGAGGUCAUGGAGCAGCUCGACGUCGAUGUCUUGGCCGAGCAGCACCAGCGGCAGCUGCGUCAGGGGCCGCCGACAUGA